AUGGGAUUAGGUAUAAAAGAACCAAUAACUUUUGAUGGUGAGAUAACAGGUACAUUCAAAUUAUUAUCAUCAUCAAAUGAUUCAAACAACAAUUCAGAAGAUGAAUCAACUUUUAAAAAGACAAAAAACGGUAUAAUUCUAAAUCCUCAACCUCAUGAUAAUCCAAAUGAUCCAUUGAAUUGGUCAAUUUUGAAAAGAGAUGUUGCAUUAUUAGUUUUGGGUUGGCAUUGUUUUGUUGGUGGUGGUCAAUCAUCUUUAUUAGCCGCAGGUUUAACACAAUUAGGUGAUGAAUUUAAUGAAAGUUCAUCUACUUUAGCUUAUUUAGUUGGUGGGUUUAUGUUAUCAAUGGGAUUUGGUGCAAUUUUUGCCUCACCAACUGCAAUUUUAAUUGGUAAAAGAUUUGUUUAUAUUUUUGGUAUUAUAUUAUUUUUAGCUGGUUCAAUAUGGGGUGCUCUUGCACAAAGUUUUGGUUCAAUGAUGGGUGCUCGUGUACUUAUGGGUAUUGGUAUUUCACCUGUGGAAUCAUUACCAUCUGCUACAAUUGCAGAAAUUUAUUUUGCACAUGAAAGAGCAUAUAGAAUUGGAAUUUAUACAUUAUUAUUAUUAGGUGGUAAAAAUUUAGUUCCAAUGUUUAGUGCUUUUGUUUUCCAAAAAUUAGAUAGACAUUGGUUAUUUUGGAUAAUUACAAUAAUUUCAGGUAUUAAUUUGAUUUUACAUUUUUUAUUUGUUCCAGAGACUUUUUGGAGUAGAGCUCCUAUACCAAAUAAAAGAUCAUUAAAUGAGACAAAAGCUGCAAGAAAUGCUUUAUUACAACAAAGAUUAUCAAAUGAAGCAUUGUAUGAUGAUCCUGAACAUAAUUCACAAUUGAAAGAACUUGAAAGUGAAUUAACUUCACAUGAAACCACAAAUAAUUAUCAAACAGCUUUACACAAGAAAAAAUCUUAUUUAAAUGGAUUAAACUUAUUUAGUGGUAUACAUUCUAAGACUAAAUGGUGGAAAGUAUUUUUAAGACCAUUUGGAUUAUUUUUAUAUCCACAUAUUUGUUUUGGUGCACUAUUGUAUGCAUUUGCAGUUGUUUGGUUAAUUAUGAUUUCAGAAGUUAUAUCAGAAAUUUUCACAAAUCCACCAUAUGGUUAUUCAAAAUUAAGUGUUGGAUUAUUUUAUAUAUCACCAUUUAUUGGAGGAUCACUUGGUUCUGCAGUUGCAGGUAAACUUUCAGAUAUUAUGGUUAGAUAUCUUGUUAAGAAAAACAAUGGUAUUUAUGAACCAGAACUUAGAUUAUUAAUGGUUUUACCUAGUGUUUUAGCAACUUGUAUUGGGCUUAUUGGAUUUGGCUGGUCAUCAGAAGUUAAUCAUGUAUGGACUGGUCCAAUUAUAUUAUUUGGAGUUUUAGCAUUUGGUUCAUCAUUAGCAUCAACAACUUCUAUAACAUUUGCUGUUGAUUCAUACAAAAUGUUUGCAAGUGAAACACUUGUUACAUUAAAUGCUACAAAGAAUAUUUUUGGGUUUUUAUUUUCAUUAUUUAAUAAUGAAUUUAAUCAUAAAGAAGGUUAUAAGCAUGGGUUUGUUGUUUAUGGAUGUAUUGAAAUAUUUAUUGGGUUAUUUGCCAUUCCAUUGUAUAUUUAUGGUAAAAGAAUUAGGAAAUGGACAGAUGAAAAGGGGUUAAUGAGAUCAUUAUAUGAUAAAAACUCUGAACAUGUUGAUUAA